AUGAUCAACAACGACGACGUCCGCGAUGUCGGCGCCGUGUACUCUCAAGCAGAGUUCUCGUCCGCGCCUACGUUUCUCCUCAUGGACAAGCAGAGCCCUAGGUGUAUUCCACUCAACAACGACGACAUCAUGUCAAUCAUGAUCUGCGUCGAGUCCAUCGAGUGCAACUUUUGGAAGAACAAGGACUGUGGUGGCUCAAUGUCGGACGAGGAUGCUGCCUUCACCGUCGGUUGUGGCGACGUCCACAAGCUUCCCCUACCACUGACUGGCACAUACGGCUCGUACAAGUGCCAGCAUGUACAUCUCAAUACCUGCGAGUCUUCGAGCACUGUCAGGGUCGAGACUACUCCUCACGUUCCCAACAACUACGUGCUAGGUCAAUAA